AUGGGUAACGAAUAAAUUAAACCAAGUAUUGCUCAUUCAUCUGAAUGGACAUUUAUUAGAGAAAUCAAAUCACAUCCUUUAUUUGGACAUAUCAAGGUUUACAAAGGACCCUCUGAUUAAUUACAGUGCUUAAAGACUGUCAUUGUGGAAGAGUCCUAAUAUAAAGAUCAAAUGGACUCCCUCAAAAAAAUAAUUGUCAAAGAUGUCUUAUCAUAAAACCAACCAAACUGCUCUUCAUUAGUUUGUGUGAAUCGUUUAGAAACCUAAAAACAAGAAGAGUUCUGCUCGAAUUAUGUCAAAAUAUAUUUAACAGCCGAUUAUUCAGAUCAACCAGUUCAAGAACUUAAAGAUGUUAAAUUAUUUAUGUUAGAUAUAAUUCAAGCACUCUCAGUAAUGGAUUAAAAAGGAGUUAAUAAUUGUCAAUUUUGCCCUGCUAAAAUCCUUCAAUUUGGAGAUCGAGUUAAAGUUGUUAACACAUAAUUAUUUACAGAAACUUCAGAUUACGAAUAACUUUACUUUAAUGAAGUUUCUAAAGAUGACUGGAUGAUUGCACCUGAAGUUAUGCACUCUCUGAAAGUCAAUUGCCCUCCUUCAUUCAAUAGUGAACUAGCUGUUAUUUUUAAUUUUGGAAUAAUGAUGAUUUAUUUAUUAACUGGAGUCCAUCCUAAAGAUGCUGACAUUUAUGAUUAUAAGAAUUUGACACUCAAUGAUAAUUUAUCAUCCUAUGUCCAAUCGAUUGAAUAAUUACAAAUACCAAGUCAUAUUAAACAAUUAAUAUAAGAUUGUGUUAAUGUUAAACCCAAUCAAAGACCUACUUUUAAGUUGAUCACCAAUUUAUUAAGAUAGGUUGAAAUUCCACUUUAAGUUUCACACAUAAAAAAUGAAGAGGUUCUAACCAGUUAAAUAUUCAAUCCUUGUUAUGAAGAUGUUAAGAAAGUCUUAAGUGAAUCUCAUGUUAAUAAGAAUCUUAAUUUUCAUAAUGAAUCCCCAUAGAAAAUCGAGAAGUAGUAAUUUAUGACUGAUACACAAUAAUCAGCAUAAUUCAGAAAAUCAAAACAAAUUUAUAAUUUAGAAAAUACUUAUAAUUCAAGAUCUUCUAUCUAAUAAAAGUAGCAAAUCCAAAGCGCCUCUACUAAAGUUAAGAUUCAAACAAAAGCUUAAAAAGUCAAGAGUCCAAGCUAAAAGCCUAAACCAAUCAGGGCUAAUGGAAAGCACACAAAAUGA